AUGGCGCGCACCGGACUCGACUUUCCGGAAGAUGCAGAGGGAAAGAGGAGCACCACAGGGACGAAUCAAGGCGCCUUUGCCGCCUCAGUGAAAAGCUUCAAGGAAGCCCACGAGGCCGUCGUGGCGGAAAAGAAGUGGCGCUUUGGCUAUGUGAAGCAUGUAGUCCGCCAGACACAGCUGGCGGCCACGUCAGAGGAGGCAGCUCUGGGCAUUGCGAAGGAUGGGCUCGAGUACCUGCACUCCAACAUGCAAUUCUGCAGAGAUGGAUCCAGUGUUUCGCUGAAGGAUGCCAUGAAGAGCAUCCAGGCCAGCUCCUUCGAGACGAAGGAGAUCCGGGGCUCAAAGAAGCCCGGACCCAGGGCCAUGGAGGUUCCCUACAAAGGAUCCGUCCUCACCGGUGAUGCACUGCGAGCGCAGGUGGAGCUGUGGGUCCGGCGCGGAGUCAUCGAGUUGGACACCGGUGCUGCGCUAAAUCUGGUGGCAGGCAGCUCUGACUGGCUCGAUCUUUCAGAUCACACAUUCGUGCUCUUCGGCGCGGGCUCGGCGAUGGGCCCCUUUCCAAUUUUGAUGUCCUUGGGUGCUCAUGUGGUGGCAAUCGACCUACCGCGGCCGGCCAUCUGGAAGAGGCUCAUAUCAGUCGCCCGAGACUCCCCUGGCAAGCUGACGAUGCCUCUGACGAAAAAGGUAUCCGAUUCUGCUGACGAUGCAGAGCUGGCCGAAUGUGCUGGUUGUGACCUGCUGAUGCAAACUCCCGAGGUGCGAAGCUGGCUGAAGGGUGUCUUAAGCUCCUCCCAGCGCGUCGUUUUGGGGGCCUACUGCUAUGCGGACGGCCCUCUCUUCGUGCGAGUAAGCGUCGCCAUGGACGCCAUCAUCGCAGACUUGGUGGAGGAGCUGAAGGUGCCGCCUGCGAUCGCCUACCUUUGCACACCAACUGAUGCUCACGUUUGCACCGCCAGCGCUCGCGAUGCUGCUGCCGAUGCACUCCGCAAAGCUCCUGCGUGGCAGGGCCUCCUCAGUCGCCUCCUCUCCUUCGCCAAGAUGGGCCUGGCACCCAACAAGGUGAAGACGGAGGACGGUGCCCUUCCGGUGGUUGACGCCCUGGUCAAAGAGCAGGGUCCGAACUACUGUUUGGCGAAGCGAUUGCAGCACUGGCGGGCCAUCACGGCGCGAAAGAAAGGCUGCAUCGUGUCGAGCAACAUUGCUCCUGCUACUGCCACGGCCUCCGUGGUGUCGAACAAGUCCUUUGCACUGGCAUACAAAGGUAUGCACCAUUUCAAGCCUAUGGAAGUGUUCCAAGGUGAGACUUCGAACGCUGUGAUGCUGGCGCUUUUGAUCAACGAUCUCCGGAAUCCGCUCAGCGCAGGCCAGCCAGCCACGGCUCUGCAGAAUCCGAUGCAACUUUUCGCUGCCACUGCAUUCCACGGCGGCGCCUGGAGAACUGGCUGGAAGUUUGGCACCAUCGGCCCGUGCUCGGCCAUCGCGUACAUCACCACAGGCAUGUUGGUGAAAUUGUGGCUCGUCCUAUACUCCGUCAUCCAGUGCCUGGGCUGGGCCUACGCACUGCUUCUUCUCCCGGGCGGCCCCCAGAAUGCCGACGAGAUCAUCGCGCGAUUCACAUACUUCCAGAUAGCAGAGGUUGUGCAUGCAGUGACCGGCAUGGUUCCCUCCAAUCCCGUCACCACGGCCAUGCAGAUACUUUCGAGGGUCGGCUUAGUCCAGGUUGUAGCUUGUGCUACCAGCAGUGCUGCUCGGGAGAAGAUGCUGCCAUGGAUGACUCUCUUCUACUACGCCUGGUGCAUCACUGAGGUCGUGCGGUAUACGUAUUACGCCUUGAACACCUUCGGCGUCCAGGUUUUCCCCCUGACGUGGCUUCGAUACUCCACUUUCCUGAUCCUGUACCCCUUGGGCGUGACAGGUGAGCUUGGCACUGUCUACUCCGCACUGCCGGAGAUGACGGACAUGGCUGCCAAGGGCCCAUGCGGGCUGGCUUGUGGAACCAUUGCCGUGGCUUCGUUCCGAUUAGGCUUCACCUGCUUGCUUGGUGUGUAUCUGCUGGGAUUCCCGCUUCUUUUCGGCACGAUGCUCGCGCAGAGGAAGAAGGUGCUGCGGAGAUCAUCCGUGGGCGCCAAGAAGAAGUCUAACUGA